AGCCACUGAGUAUCCAGUGCAGCGUGGGCUCCGGGACACAGAGCCUGCUCUCCAUGCCGGAGAUCUCAGCCACCCCAAACAGGAAAGGCGGGACUUUGGGAGCGGAUCGCGCCAAUCAGAGGAGCUGCGGGUGGUGGUUUGGGCGCCAGGUGGUGCUUCUGCGCCUGCGUCUGAGAGUUUUGAGUCCAAAUGGAGGGUCCAGGAGCUGCAGGUGCCUCUGCCCGGCGGUCCGCCGAGAUGUGGCGGCUGCAGGUGGUGCUGGGCCACCUGAGCGGCCGACCCGAGUUGAGACCCGCGCCGCAGGCCGCGCGGUGCCUAGGGGUCUCCCCACGGGCAUCGGCCGGCGACGUAGUGGUGGUGCACGGGCGGCGCACGGCCAUCGGCAAGGCGGGCCGAGGCGGCUUCAAGGUGAGACCCCCGGGCCGGCGCCCCCUGAGUUCCCCGGGGCUGGCGCAGGAGGGAGGGCUCAUUGCGGCUGUGCCUCCCCCGCAGGACACCACCCCCGACGAGCUCCUGUCGGCCGUGAUGACAGCGGUGCUGCAGGACGUGAAGCUGCGGCCAGAGCAGCUGGGGGAUAUCUGCGUGGGGAACGUGUUGCAGCCUGGAGCUGGGGCAGUCAUGGCCCGCAUCGCGCAGUUCCUCAGCGGCAUCCCAGAGACCGUGCCUCUGUGCGUCAUCAACAGACAGUGCUCGUCAGGCCUGCAGGCCCUGGCCACCAUCGCUGGUGGUAUCAGAAAUGGAUCUUAUGACAUUGGCAUGGCCUGUGGGGUGGAGUCCAUGUCCAUGGCCGAAAGAGGGAACCCUGGAAAUAUCACCUCGCGCCUGAUGGACAACGAGAAGGCCAGAGAUUGCCUGAUCCCCAUGGGGAUAACCUCGGAGAACGUGGCGGAGCGGUUUGGCAUCUCCCGGGAGAAGCAGGACACCUUUGCGCUGGCAUCGCAGCAGAAAGCGGCCCGAGCCCAGAGCCAGGGAUGCUUCCGAGCCGAGAUUGUGCCGGUGACAACCACGGUACAGGACGACAAGGGCGGCAAGAGGAGCAUCACCGUGGCACAGGAUGAGGGCAUCCGCCCGGGCACCACCAUGGAGGGCCUAGCCAAGCUGAAGCCUGCCUUCAAGGAGGGCGGCUCUACCACUGCUGGAAACUCAAGCCAGGUUAGCGACGGGGCGGCCGCUGUCCUGCUGGCACGGAGAUCCAAGGCUGAGGAACUGGGCCUCCCCAUCCUGGGCGUUCUCAGGGCCUACGCUGUGGUAGGGGUCCCACCUGACAUCAUGGGCAUUGGGCCUGCAUAUGCCAUCCCUGCAGCUUUGCAACAAGCAGGGCUGACCGUGAAUGAUGUGGACAUCUUCGAGAUCAAUGAGGCCUUUGCCAGCCAGGCCGUCUACUGUGUGGAGAAGCUGGGGAUCCCCCUUGAGAAGGUGAACCCUCUGGGGGGCGCUGUGGCAUUGGGCCACCCCCUGGGCUGCACAGGGGCGCGCCAGGUUGUCACACUGCUCAACGAGCUGAAGCGCCGAGGAAAGAGGUCAGGCUGUCACCCGGGGCUGCCUGCUGGGGGGUGGGCGGGUAGGUGGACCUGCCUGUGUCCACAGGUCUGGCCUGGUGGCUCUGCCUUCUCUGUGUCCGUGGGGCAUCGGUCCCUGCUGCUCAGCCGGGCCAAGGUGGCUCAGUAGCCCCACCAAUGGUGCUUUGUGUCUGCAGGGCCUACGGGGUGGUAUCCAUGUGCAUCGGGACCGGAAUGGGAGCUGCUGCCGUGUUUGAGU